UCCAUAUUUGCUCCUGUGACUUGUGUUAGAAGACAGAUAUCAUCAACUCUUCCACAGCACGAUCUGUAGAUGUCAGCAUGAGUCUUCAGCUCUCCUGUCGCUCUCACGUUUGAUGUGAAGGAGGAAGAACAAACAAGGACUAAUAUGGGAUUCAUUCAGAGCUCUCCCUGAAUUCUCCUCACUGCCUGAACUGCUCAUCAUCAUCACUCAUAUUCAGGCUGUCAAACAUGAUGCACUUUGGGUCGAACAGUGUUUGCCCUGCAGAGUCCAGACUCAGCAGCCAGAGCACAGAGGAGACCACCAGGAACCGGAGCAGUGGUGGUCGGUGGCCCCUAGCUGCACAAAACAUGAACAACUGCAACAACAAUGACGGCAAAAAAGAUGACAAGGAACCCAAAAAGGAUGAUAAGAAAGACGACAAGAAAGACGACAAGAAAGAUGACAAGAAAGACGACAAGAAAGACGACAAGAAAGAUGACAAGAAAGACGACAAAAAGGACGACAAGAAAGAUGAAAAGAAAGACGACAAGAAAGAUGACAAGAAAGACGACAAAAAGGAUGACAAGAAAGAUGACAAGAAAGACGACAAAAAGGAUGACAAAAAAGAUGCUAAAAAGGAAGAACCAAAGGAGGUGUGGAUCAUGGACCCUGCCACAGAUAUGUACUAUUACUGGCUGGCCACAAUAUCCAUCCCAGUGUUCUACAACCUUAUGCUCCUGGUUGCCAGGUCAUGUUUUAAUGAACUACAGUACACAUAUUCAACACUGUGGUUGGUUUUGGACUACACAUCAGAUGUUUUCUACCUUGCUGACAGCUUUGUGAGAACCAGAACAGGUUUUCUGGAGCAAGGACUGCUUGUAAAAGAUGAAAAGGUUCUUAAGGAAAAGUACAUGAAGACACGCCAGUUCAGAUUAGACAUCAUAUCUUUAAUUCCCACGGAUAUUGUAUUCAUCAAAAUUGGAGUCCACAACCCAGAGUGGAGGUUCAACCGCCUCUUUAGGUUAUCUCGGCUCUUUGAGUUCUUUGACCGGACAGAAACUCGAACCAAUUUUCCCAACAUCUUCCGAAUUGCUAAUCUUGUACUUUACAUCAUCAUCAUUAUCCACUGGAAUGCCUGCCUCUACUUUGCCAUCUCCAAAGUGCUUGGUUUUGGUACAGACACCUGGGUAUAUCCAGACACAAAGAAACCUGAGUAUGCUCGUCUGGCCAGGCAGUACAUCUACUGCUUUUACUGGUCCACUCUUACUCUGACCACUAUUGGUGAGACACCACCCCCCGUCCGAGAUGUUGAAUACUUUUUUGUGGUGGCUGACUUCCUCACUGGAGUUCUGAUUUUUGCAACAAUUGUAGGCAAUGUCGGUGCCAUGAUUUCCAACAUGAAUGCUGCACGUGUAGAGUUCCAGGCUAAGAUCGACUCUAUCAAGCAGUAUAUGCAAUUUCGGAAGGUCACCAAAGACCUUGAGAUAAGGGUGGUGAAAUGGUUUGACUACCUAUGGACAGAGCAGAAAACCUGUGAUGAGAAGCAGGUGCUAAAGAACUUGCCAGACAAGCUUAAGGCUGAGAUAGCCAUCAACGUACAUUUGGAGACACUAAGCAAAGUGCGCAUCUUUCAAGACUGUGAAGCAGGUUUGCUUGUUGAGUUGGUCCUUAAGCUUCAGCCUCAAGUUUUCAGUCCUGGUGACUACAUCUGUAAGAAGGGGGACAUUGGCAGGGAAAUGUAUAUCAUUAAAGAAGGAAAGCUGGCUGUAGUAGCAGAUGAUGGAGUUACCCAGUUUGUGGUUCUCAGUGAUGGGGCAUACUUUGGAGAAAUCAGCAUACUUGGCAUUAAAGGCAGUAAAGCGGGAAACCGAAGAACAGCCAACAUCCGAAGUGUGGGCUACUCUGAUCUAUUUGCCCUGUCCAAAGACGAUUUGAUGGAGGCACUCAUUGAGUAUCCAGAUGCUAAAAAUGCACUGGAGGACAAGGGAAGGUCCAUCCUACUGAAAGAUAAUCUCAUAGAUGAGUCGCUGGUCGCUGCUACUGAUGCCAAAGACUUGGAGGAUAAAGUCAACAAAAUUGAAGCCAGUAUAGAGAUCAUGUCAGCCAAAUUUCGAAAGCUGAGCCAACACUAUGAAUCUUCCCAGCGUAAACUCAAGCAACGUCUCAGUAAUAUGUCAAAUGAGGUCCAAACACUAAGAUUCGACGAAGACUUGGAUUGAUAUUACUAUUACUAUGCUUAAGGACUUCUCCACUUCAGGACAUUCAUGCUGACUCUUUGUACAUACAAAAUGGCAUAUGACCAGUAGCUGGACAGUCGCUGUCUCCAUUCAUUAUUUCCAUAUCUUGUAAAAUAGCAACCAUGCCUUCUCAUAAGCACAGAUAUGCACAGGGCUGGGUACCUCAAUACUUUACUAUACUUGAGUACCAAGUGAAAACUGAAGUAUGUACUGUUUGUAAGGUACGAUAGAGUACACAGUGCUUGGUCUUCUUUACUUGUCCUAUAUCAAUCAUCACUAUUUUACACCAUGAUUACUUUAUUUUGUAUUGAUAUUAGAGCUCUUUGUGUGAUGCAACUGAGAAACUGUCUUAAUUUAUUACAUUAAAACAAAGUUUAUUUUGUAGAAAGAAAUGUACUAAAUAACAAAAGGCAUAAAAAAGGUGAUGUCCAGUCAUACCAAUGCAUUUUUGGGAUCAAUUACAAAAGCAUGCAAUGUUAAUUUAAAGUUAAUCACAAAAGUAGCAAUUUAAUUACCACUUUCCCUCGAGCUCAUGUAAG